AUGGACUCGGCUUGGUUGGCUGAUUUAGGCCUUUGCCUCGAACAGAAAUACCUUCGCACAGGAAAUUUCCAACAUCUCUGCGAUGCUGCUGCAAUUUUCUCGGCAGCGGUCUCCAAUACAACCGAAGAUGACCCCUUUUAUUCGGACUAUCAUGAUUCCAUGGAGAGGAAUUAUGAAGCUUUAAUUGAGAUCAAAUCCGCCCAGCAAGAUCUUGUACAGAAGUUUUCGAUGAGCCGCAAGAUUUUAGAAGCCCACGAGGCAGUUAAAUCCCUUGAAACAGUAGAGGCCAUGUGGGAAGCUGCGAUGCGUGACGAAACCUCCCCCGGUGAGGAAGCCGAAGCCAGUGACGCUGUUGGCACCAAUAAUCAGACCAACGAGCCUCCUCUAUGGGCCAUCCUGAAUAGUAUGAGUAUGGCUUAUUAUGAGACAUACAGGGAGAUGGCAGGGAUAGAGGAUUCAGACAACGAUUCUGAUGACGAGUUCGAAAAUCAAUCUGAAGAAGGUCAAGCUGAAGAGAGCAACCCUGAAGAGAAUGAACCUGAAGAGAGUGGUUCUGAAGGGGGUGAUUCUGAACAAAGAGAACAGAUGGAAUUAUUGGACAAGGCAAUCGAGGCGUCGCACGAGGCAAUACGGGGAUCCCGCGAGGCAGGCCAGACCACUCUUGAUGGCUAUCCAAUUCUUGGCGCAAUGUUAACGCACCUUGGACAUAUGCUAGAGAGGCGAUAUGACGAAACAGGCCAGGUGGAAGACCUCGAUGAGUCAAUCCAGUCAUCUCGGCAGGCAUUACAGAACACUCCCGAUGACCACAUAUACUUUGCGACGUUUCUAGACAAACUUAAAACCCGGCUCACAUGUCGAUACGAAAGAACACGACAGAUAGAAGAUCUCGACGAGUUGGUUUGGGUGUUUCGCCAGAAGGUCCAGAUCGCUCCUGAUGACUCUCCCGGACCAUUGCUCAACCUUGGAGGUAUGCUCACACGGCGAUAUGACCAGACAGGACAAGAGGAGGACCUCCAUGAGGCAAUUCGGCUAUCCCGCCAGGCUAUCAAGAUCACUUCCGAUGACGACCCCUUUUUCGCAGCGGCUUUAGGUAGCCUUAGCGGCCAGCUCAGCCGUCUAUACAGAUUUUCAGGUCAGAUAGAGGACCUCGAAGAGUCGAUCGAGAUAUCUCGCCAAGCAAUUCAAGCCACGCCUAAUGAUGAUGGCAAUAUUGGGACUCCAUUGAAUAAUCUCGGAAUCGCGCUUGGACAUCGAUACGACCGGACGGGGAAUAUGGAAGACCUCGAUGAGGCAAUUCAAGUGUACAUCCAGGCAGUUGAGCUUGUUCCCGAUGAUCUUCCCACUCUUACAACCUUUUUUACAAACCUUGGCCUCAAUCUUGGACGUCGAUACGAACAAACAGGGCAGAUGGAAGACCUUGAGCAGGCGAUUCGCAUUUUUCUCCGGGCAGUCGAGCUCACACCAGAGAAUGAUCCCGGUUUUGCGGCGGUGUUAAAUAACCUCGGAAUUAACUUCGCUCGUCUAUACAACCGAACAGCCGUCCCAAAGUUUCUUGACGAGGCUAUCAGGGUCUCUCGACAGGCGAUUCAGCUUACUCCCGAUAAUUAUCAAAACAAUAUAGGGGAGUCUAGCAAUCUUGCAUUACUACUCAACAAUCGAUACGAACGGUUAGGUCGGCCAGAAGAUCUCGAAGAAGCAAUCCAACUAUCUCGCCGGGGUUUUCAGGCUACUCCUAUUGACCACGCUGACCACGCCAGACUGUCAACUAAUCUUGGAAUCAUUCUCAGACAUCAAUAUGAAAAAUCUGGAGACAAAGGAGACCUUGAAGAGGCCAGUCGAAUGUCUGGGCAAGCAAUUCAGGGUGCUCCCGACGACCAUCCUAAUAUUAUAAUGGCCCUCUAUAACCACGGAGUUACGCUCGAAUAUCAAUACAGAGAGACGAAGCAAAUAGAGUUUCUUAAGGAGGCAACUCGAGUGGCUCAGCAGGCUUUUCAAAUUACAGCAGCACGGCCGUUAGCCCGCUCCAAAGCUGCUAUUUUAGCUGCUAACCUCCUACUCGAGCAAGGAGAUCAUCAAAGCGGCUAUACACUAUCUGCGCAGGCUAUUGACCUUCUCCAGCUUGUUCAUACAAGGUCUGUAGCAAUACAAGAUCGGCAAUGGAUCGUCGCACACUUCUUUAGCCUAGCAACGUUGGGAUGUUCCUUUUCUAUUCAAGCUAAACAGCCCCUUUUCAAUGCUUUACGACUUUUAGAGAAUGGACGUGGUGUUAUUCUCAGCCUGCUUAUGGAUGACCGGAGCGAUACAACCAAACUAAGGGAGGCCUAUCCCGAUUUGUGUGCACUUUACGAAACUCUCCGCGUCCAAGUGAAUACGCCUUCCGAGGGAGAGGGACCUAUAGGCCAAGAAGAGGGUAAAUGGAGAUAUACAAAACAACCCAAGGCUAUUGGGAAGCUUGAAAAAUGCAUACAGGAUAUACGAAAACUUCCAGGCUUUGGCGCCUUUCAACAGGGUCUCACCAAGGAGCAAAUUCAAGAUACUUCUACAGAAGGCAGUAUCAUCGUGGUCAAUGUCUCCAAACUACGGAGUGACGCUAUCAUUGUUUUAUCAACUGGGAUAAGCUCUGUCCCUCUUCCUCGAUUUGACGCCGCUCAAGCGCAGACUUGGAUUGACAAGAAGCUAACUCAGGCGAAGCCCAGCGAACGUGGUAGGAAGAAUAGAGAAUACCGCAAGUUCUUAGCUUGGCUCUGGUACGAGUGCGUAAAGCCUAUUCUGACUCGACUUGGCUAUACUGUUCAAUCCUCCCCCGAAAGUCUACCCAGAGUCUGGUGGAUUGGAACUGGAAUUGCCAGUUCCUUUCCAUUUCACGCUGCAAGCGAUUUCUCUGCAGGACCGACGGAAAACACAUUCUGUCGUGUUUUAUCUUCGUAUACCAUCUCAAUCAAGGCACUUAUACACUCUAGAGAGCGGGCACCUAUCUCUUCGUUCUCUGAUGCACGCCCUCGGAAGCUGCUUAUGGUCACGAUGGGAAACACACCCGGCGCUGAUGACUUGCCUGGGGCAGUGUCCGAAAAGUCUACUGUUUUGAAAACACUUGGUUCUUCUGUCCAGGCGAAAAUUCUCGACCAACCAGACUCUGUAAGCGUCAUACGCCAGAUUCCUGAAUGCAAUAUUGCCCAUUUCGCCUGUCAUGGAGUAUCAGACUGGAUGUACCCUUCCCAAAGUGGUCUUUUAUUACAGACCGAUUCACCCGGCUUUGAAACUCCAACCGACACCGAAACUCCAAUUGACACUGAAACUUCACCCGAUCCGGAAUCCCCAGCACAGGAUGUCUUGAGCUUUGAGAAACUUUGCGAAAGCAACCCUACGCAAGGGGAAAUUGCAUACCUUUCUGCCUGCUCUACUGCAGAGAAUAAUAUAUUUCCUUUGAUGGACGAGAUGCUCCACGUUGUGAGUGGAUUUCAGGUUGCUGGAUUCAGACAUGUCAUUGGAACUUUAUGGCCAUCUGGUGACGAGGUCUGUGUUGAGGUUGCGGGGGCGUUUUACGCUGAGCUUUGUCGGAGCGGUACUUUGCAAUACACUGACAGAGACAUCGCAAUCGCACUUCACAAAGCGGCCUCGGCGCUUGCCAUGAGUGAGGAGUAUCAAAGACGGCCGUUGCAUUGGGCGCAGUACGUUCAUUAUGGUGCAUGA